GGGAACUGUGAGGUCCGGCAUAACAUGCGAGGACAAGCCAGUUAUGUCAUCACAGCCCUCACCACUAAUUACCAGGUUCGCUUAUGACAAUAGUCAGAUAACUGAUGUAAACUAUAAGCUGUCAACAUGCUAGAAUGCCUCUAAUUUGGGACAAGCCGAAGCCAGAUCUCUCCGCAGCCGAGCAGUCCUGAAAUUAACUGCGCCAUAUUGGUUGAGUCGUACGAUUAACUAACUGUAAUAGUGAGCUCGACUGGGGGGAGUCGGUAUGCAGUUAGCGGGCUGUUUCUUCGCUCUCGGUGUUCUGCUGGUGUCGGCAGCUUAUGAAGAGCCUCCUGUUUCACCAUCCCCUGUCUACUGUGCACAUGAGUACAACAUGGUGUACGCAGGAGGGGCAGGCCACAGGCCGGACAAGCCAUCGGCGGCAGACGGGGACAUUCUGGCAGACAACAAGACAGUCCGCUGCAGGCCAGAGAUUCGUCUCUCUUGCUAUGCCUUCUGGAAGAUCGACCACAGCAAAGAGGAUGGCAUGGUCGUCAUAAUGAAAGGCUGUUGGAUUGACUCUCUGGAAGGAGAUUGUGAGAGCAGACUAUGCCAAGCCCAACAGGUGAUGAACAACUCUCGCUUCUGCUGCUGCUCCGGAGAUAUGUGUAAUGUGAAUGUAACAGACACCAACUACCCCUGGGGAAACGCCACUAACCCACCAACACAAACGCCAGAAACCCGCUACCUGACUGGAUCCAGGUACAAGAUGGAGACUAUUAUCAUUGCUCUGGUGCCACUGUUUGCCGUCGGCCUCAUCAUAGUCAUAUUAUUUGUGGCUUACCGCCUGUGGAUGAAUUCCCGCGCUCUUCGAAUGCCCCACGACCACUGGGUGGAAGCUCCGCCUCCCUCACGCUUGGACCUUAGCUCUCUGAAGCUCUCGGACACCAUCAGGAAAGGGCGUUACAGUGAGGUUCUCAAGGGUACCCUGAAUGACCGAGAAGUUGUCAUCAAGAAGUUCAUGCCACCUCACAGGCAGUACUACUACAACGAGAGGAAUAUCUACCUACUGCCAUUCAUGGACCACGAGAGCCUUCUCCAGUUUUAUGGUGCUGAUGAGCGGGAGAACGAGGAGGGGGAGAGGAUGCAGUAUAUGCUGGUCUUAGCUUAUAUGCCUCUGGGGUCACUCAAGGGCUACUUGAAAAAUUACACUAUAAACUGGUCCACUUUGUGUGGCAUGUGUCAUUCCGUGGCUAAGGGCUUAGCACAUCUUCACAUGGAGUUCAAACAAGGGGAUAAAGUGAAGCCUCCUAUUGCUCACCGUGACAUCAACACUGCCAACAUUCUUGUCAAGAAUGACCUCACUUGUGUUAUUGCUGACUUUGGAUUCUCCAUGACAACCAUGGGCUCAAAAAUAUUCAGGAAUGGGCAUCGUGAAAAUGCAGAGCAGUUCUCUCUGACAGAUGUGGGUACCAUAUCAUACAUGGCUCCUGAAGUUUUAGAAGGAGCAAUGAACCUGAGGGACUGUGAAGCCUCCCUCAAGCAGGUGGACAUCUAUGCACUGGGCCUGGUGCUUUGGGAGGUCUCCUCUCGUUGCACAGACCUCUACCAAGGGUUACCUGUCCCAGAACACAUGAUACCGUACCAGGCAGAGGCCGGUCCCCACCCUAGUUUUGAAGACAUACAAAUGAUUGUGUAUCACAACAAGACACGGCCAAAGUUUCCAGAUGUCUGGAAAGACAGUAAUCAGGCCAUUCGUGCUCUGAAGGAGACGAUAGAAGACUGCUGGGAUAGCGAUGCAGAAGCUCGUCUCACAGCUCUCUGUGUGGAGGAACGGUUGGCUGAGAUAGCUGUACUUUGGGCCAAUGAUGUUCGUCACAAGGGUGUGACUCCCACCCUGAACACGACAGGCCAGGAUUGUCUUGGUGAUAAAACAGAAAGCCCCACCCUUAUCAUGCCAGGAUCCCCGGUCUCCCCUGUAGCAGUGUUGAGUCAGGGUGAGCUUUCUCCUGGUGAACCCACAGAGAACAGUAGCGCACCUCUGUUAGCCAGACACCCACCUGGCCCAGACAUCAUUGGCUCAGUUAAUCAGCCAAGACAGUCAUGGUUUAAUGAGCGUAGUGUGUCAUCCUCCACAACAGAGACCACCAUUCUCUCUCCAUCGGAGGCGGAACCACCUGCAAAACCCCACAACAUAAACUUGGCUAAGUCUAACCUGGCUGCUCAGCAAAACCAUGGCCGCAAUCCCAUUGUGGAGCGCAAUACGCACAAGAGCAGUGAUGAAGAGUUAACUGUGUCGGGCAACACGCUGAUCUCGUCCAAAACCUCUAAAGUCAGUAAACCUGAGAGGAGUAAUGUGCGUGCCCAGCGCCCUUCUAACCACCUCGUGGAGAAUGCCUUUGACGCAAUGACUGAUAAUGUCGAGAGCUCAUUGGUUCAAAAUGAUCACCUGAGCCCUCAUCGCAAUCGACCAAUUGCAUACCAGCAGAACCCAGUGCACAGCGAACCUGUGCUGCCACGCCCACUGUCAGGAAAUACGCACCCAAGUCAGCUUAUUAUCACCUCAAAUAAAACCAACAACUAUGAACACAAACACAAGUCUCUAUUUGCAAAGUUGAAACCAAGAGAGAUUGGACUGAAACUGAGCCAUUUUGCCUUCGGGAAGCACGCCAAGACUGGAUCACAAAUUGAGACUAAGACUCAGAACAAACGCUGUAAGCCUGCCGUGAACCUGACAGGUAUAUCGGGGCCUCAGCUGGACCCCGGGGAUCCCCGCCCCACGGAGGUGUGUAUUCUGAAUGGAGUGCCAGUGGUCCGCCCCACCUCCCUUGCUAUGACCAACGGUUCCGUGGUUAACAAGGACAACCAUAGCAGACUGGCACAGAAUAGGUUAGGUAUAGCAGAAGUAGGCAUUGCUAAACUACAGACCUCUAAUGGUGGCAUACCCUCUGUGGUACGUGUAAGGAAUGACCACGGUCUCUCCAGGAGUAGCUCUGAUCUAAGUCCAAGUAACUUAUCCGAUAGUGAGAGGUGGGAGGAGACUGAUCUGAUGUCAUCUCGUGAUCAGCUGAACAAGCGUCCGUCAACUCUUCCUCUGGUCAGACAAGACUCUGGUCAGUCUACCCCAAGUGCCUCCAUGGAGACUCGCUGGAGGGAAGGCACCUGCUCCCAACCCUCACGGGACACUAGUCUAUCCAGCUCAGCUGAACUCACCCCAGGGGAGAAAAUCAAACGGCGCGUUAAAACGCCAGUCAGUGGGAAAAGAGGGCGUUUCUCUCUGUACAGUGACCGCAUGAUGUUUUCCCAGAGCUGUGAUGAUAUAGGUACUCAGCCUGCCCAUGCAGGCCCCAGACUGAACAAAGCCAGCAUUAGCCUGCAUCAGUUCAGCGCAGCAGAUGUGGAGAGACACUGGCAGAGCUCAGCCGAUGUGUGAUGGCGGGCCUCUUAUCUUUUACCUGUUUCACAGACGCUUGUGGCGUAUCGACUUGUGAGGCUAUUGACGCUGUGACCAGGGUGCACAUAGUGUAAUUGUGUAUUUGCAUGUGGCUGGUCACAAGUGUGGAAUAUUUUUUUUUUGGUUUUUUAUUGAAUUCGAGAUCAUCCCUCUUCUCCCCAAGUUCUCAGUUUAUGAAUUAACAGUGAUCUGGUAACAAAGAUUCAUGCGAUUUUGUUAGGAGGUUGCUGUACAGAUUGGUCUCCAAUUUUUUGACAAAAUUCUGCCAUUUGCCAGAUUGGUCACACAGGCUUCUAUAAAGCGGCUCUCAUAAACCUACAGGUGACAAUGUGGAGUCAUGGAAAAUUCCAUCAGUAAACCAGGACAAGAAGCACAGCAUCAGGACUUUCUUGGACUAACAUUACUUUCCAUGUGUAUGUGGGAAGAUUUGAUGUGUUGCUCUGUAUUCACUAAUUGUUAAUUUGUAGUUAUCCAUGUGCCUGCAGUUUUCAGCUUCUGUUAAACACUGAACACAUGUAGGCAAUGUGGCUGCUUAAGUAUGAUCUUUGCGAACAUGUCAUACAUGUUUUAAUACACUCUACAUGUAAAUGUGUUAUAAAUCUUAUGUGCUGGUGGUAAAAAUUUGUACAGGCCUGAUUUCAUUGAAAUGUAGAGUGCAGCACAUGUAUCAAUACAAAACAGUGAAGAUUCAACAAGGACAGCUGGAAUGUAGUGGGAGUUAAUGACGUUUAUGGGGUACAUUCUCAGAGGUGCAAAACAGCAAGAAAAUAAGGAUUACAUGUAUAAACACACAAACGAUACACAUGGUAUAAUUAAGGGUUUAACACUGCCGUGGCAGUGGUUAUUGUGUAACACGACACCACUGAACCUUGUUUCCUACCAAGUCAUUUGACAAGGUAUGAAACAAGGUUCAGCAGUAUUGGGUUCCACAACAAUCACCAAGACGAAGGUGUUAAAGUCUAUUCAACCCCCAAAAAUGAAGAAAAUGUGGCAAAAACGGCAUAUUUCAUGAUGCUGUUCUUUUUUACUCCCACCCCAGAGGUCAUGCAUUUUAGACGAACGGCAGUCUGAGACCAUACUAGUUGACCAAGAAAUGUCAAAGCUGUGUAUGUAUCACGUCGUGUCUUCUUGUUGCGUGACGUAGAAAUAUAAAAGUUUACUGUACAUGUAUUAUGACGUCAUACCACUGAGAUCAGAUUGGAACAUCUUGAAACAAAUGUUUCUUUUUCAAUGUCAUGGCGUCUGAGUGUAAAAUAUAAAAAAUGUACAAAAACGAUAUCUAUAAACUGUGCGAAAUAACACUUUUAUCACUGAAGGAUGUUCUGAUAGUUAACCUUUACUUAAAUCAUAAAAGUAAUCUACCAAGUAAACAAACUCAAAUUCUUUUAUUUGUAGAAAUAAACAGCAUGAAAUUAUAUUGUUUGGGUAAACGCACAGUGUGUUGCGUGACACACUCAGUGUUGUUUGAAAGGUCUUCUCUGUUUAAUAUGUAUAUUUGCACACGGCAAAUGGAAUGGAAUGGUCACUUUAUUGAUGUACUGUACAUGAAUGGGUAUUUGUAAUUGUGGGUUAAAGUAUGGUGCAGUGUGCAAAGCAUCUUGAUACAUGUAUGAUGUAUGUGUUACAUUACAUUUCAUUUCAUUUGUGGUAGAAUAACCCAGACUAAGGCCAGUCACAAAUCAUCCCGCUUCACCCGCCAUCCCAUUAUCUAUAGCCAGUUCAUUGGCCUUGCCUUUAUGGUUUUAUUAAUGACAACUUUAAAUGUGCAUGAUCUACAUGAUAUGUACAUACAUAUGUAUGUAUACAUGUAUGCCGCCCAAGGAAGCUGCACUCUAUCACCUUGUUCUGCACGUGUAUACAUGUAUGCCGCCCAAGGAAGCUGCGCUCUAUCACCUUGUUCUGCACGUGUAUACAUGUAUGCCGCCCAAGGAAGCUGCGCUCUAUCACCUUGUUCUGCACGUGUAUACAUGUAUGCCGCCCAAGGAAGCUAAGCUGCAUUCUAUCACCUUGUUCUGCACGUGUAUACAUGUAUGCCAUCCAAGGAAGC